AUGGCGAGGCAUGGGUACCUUGCGCAGACCGUGUUCCGCCUACUGCGCGACUCGUUCGAUCAACACCGGCAGCAGCAGCAGUUGGUGUAUGGCGCUUACAGCAGCAGUGUCCACCACUUCUUCAGCGAGGUUACGAAUCUCGAGGCCGGGGAUGGUGGUCGACACGCCGUCAUCUCCAGGCACUCUAAGUCUGAAUACCCGAUCAAUAUCUUCAGCCUAGCCGCGGACCUGGAGGUCUCGAGGAUCAAGCAUCGCGUCGCCGCGAGCGCGGGGCUGAGUCUGGAUGACGGAAUUCCGGUGUGGACUAAAACGGCAGCCUCGGCGCCAGUCGUCCAUGGUGCAGAGCGGUCGAGUGCGGGCAGCUGA